AUGUCUACUGAAUUACAAGAAACCGUCUUAAAGUUAACUUCUCUCAAGCCACUAGUUAAAGGUGGGGUUGAUUCCACUGGUGCACAAUUCUUACCCGAAUCGACCAAGGCACGUUUUGACAAAUAUGGAGUCGAUUAUUCAAAUGGAUAUCCUGUAGCUCCAGAUACUAGUGAGAUUCCAGUUUUUGUAGAUGAAGUUCUUAAAGUUAGAAAUAAGGAAGUUCCAUACAUCGAAAGAGGUAAGAACGCUGACCCGGAAAAGAAAGCUCUCUUUGGAGCUGCUAAGGAAGUUAUCCACUUGACCAAGCACAUUGGUACUGAAAUUGUUGGGUUGCAAUUGAGUGACUUGACCGACCAACAAAGAGACGAAUUGGCUCUAUUGAUUGCAGAAAGAGUGGUUGUUUACUUCAGAGACCAAGACUUGUCUCCUCAAAAGCAACUUGAAAUUGGACAAUACUUUGGCCCCGUUGAAGUACAUCCUCAAGGUGGGAGAGUUCCUCUUGAACAUGGUGGAGUUCAUGUGAUUUGGAUGGAUCAGGCUAAAAGAAAGGGGUUUUUGAAGACUUCGUUCAAGAAGACUGGAGGUACUGCCCAUUGGCACACAGACCUUACCCAUGAAUUCCAACCUCCGGGUAUCACUCAUUUGCAUAAUGAUGCAAUUCCCAAUGUUGGCGGUGACACGGUAUGGGUGUCUGGAUAUGCUGCCUUUGAUAAGCUUUCACCAGCAUUCCAAAAGUUCUUGGAAGGUAAAAAGGCCGUUUACAAGUCACUUCAUGGUUAUAUUGAUCGUGAAAACCCAUUGAGUGGACCGAAAAACAUUGAAAGGGAACAUCCUAUAAUCCGAACUCAUCCGGCAACUGGUUGGAAAUCUUUGUUUGUCAACAGAGCAUACACCACCAGGAUUGUUGGAUUGGAGCCAAGAGAAAGUGAUUUGAUCUUGGAGUACUUGUUUGGUGUUUUUGAAAAAAAUUUGGAUAUCCAAGUAAGAUUUAAUUGGAAACCCACCAAGGCUGGGUUGGGUACUUCAGCUCUUUGGGACAAUAGAAUUUCUCAACAUUAUGCAAUUUGGGACCAUGAAGGUGAAGAACCAAGACAUGGUACUAGAGUUUCUUCAUUGGCUGAAGUUCCGUAUUUCGACCCAGGAUCAAAGUCCCAAAGAGAAGCAUUGGGUUUAUCUUUGGAUUAG